UACAAGCAAAAAGGGCUGUUUGAGCAUCUCGGAGAGAGAGGGAGACUGCGCGCAGCCUGAGCCGCGCAGCUCUGAGUGAGACACGCCGUGAGAAUCCUCUCAGCGCUCUCCCGUCUUACCGGUCCUAGGUAGUAGUGCCAGUUAGAGGCUGAUAUACUUUUUGUUUUACUACGCUGUACAGCUGGACACGGGAGAGCGGGACCUGCUGUUGCUCAAGAAGAUACAGUAGUUGUGUACUGUUUCAUCCUCCUGCUGAAGGGAAUAUACCACAGUACAGUGGCCGUUCCUUCAGGUGUGCGAGAAGGCAGCUGAAACCGCCUGUGGCUGUGAAUGGGAAGAUGAGAUAAAGUCACCUGUCUGCCGGCUCCGUAUUCUACAGCAUGGCAAGCUCUCCCAACAAAGAGCUGUCAUUGCUCCAGCUGGAGGAGCUGGGCUGCAGCAAGGCCACUGCAAGGACAUGCUCCCCUGGGAUCAUGACCCCGGCACACUACAGCAGUGCUCUCCCUGCACUGGCCGUAGAGCGCCAUCCGGUGUGCAUCCCCUCCCCAUACAUGGAGAGAAGCCAUGACUACACCGCUGUGGCCUUCUACAGCCCCACACUUCUAGGCUACAAUGGCCACAGCAAUGGCAGCCUGCCUGAAAGCCCCACUGUCAGACAGUCGCUCAGCCCCUCCAUGUUCUGGCCGGCUCCCAGCCACGUCUCGUCGCUGGCUAUUCACUGCCAGCAGUCUCUAAUGUACUCUGAGCCUCCUAGGAGCCCCUGGAGUGAGCCGCAACCCAGAGAGCCAGUGAUGGUAGAAAACAGCAAACUGUCUGUCCGAAGAAGAGAAGACUGUGAAGAUAUUGUGAAUCCGUCCGGGGGUUGCCCGACAGGAAAGAUGGACACACACUACUGUGCUGUCUGCAGCGACUACGCCUCAGGGUACCACUACGGAGUCUGGUCCUGUGAAGGAUGCAAAGCCUUCUUCAAAAGGAGCAUCCAAGGACACAAUGACUACAUCUGUCCGGCAACCAACCAGUGCACCAUUGACAGAAACCGCAGAAAGAGCUGCCAGGCCUGCCGGCUCAGGAAGUGCUAUGAAGUGGGGAUGAUGAAGUGUGGUACGAGGAGAGAGCGUUGCAGUUACCGGGUGGUGCGGCACCGGCGUCUGUCCCAGGGCCAGGAGCCCCCUGGGGGGCGGGCCAGGAGGCGCAGCGAGGGCAGUUUCCCGCAGAUCAGAGAGAUCCACUCCUUUUCUCUCAGCCCCGAGCAGCUCAUGUCCUCCAUCGCUGAGGCUGAGCCGCCUGAUGUCUAUCUCAUGGACUACCCCAAGAAGCCCUUCACCGAGGCCACCAUGAUGAUGUCACUCACCAACCUGGCUGACAAGGAGCUGGUCCACAUGAUCACCUGGGCCAAGAAGAUCCCAGGGUUUAUGGAAUUCAGUCUGUAUGACCAGGUGCGCCUCCUGGAGUGCUGCUGGCUGGAAGUCCUGAUGAUAGGGCUGAUGUGGAGAUCAGUGGAUCACCCUGGGAAGCUCAUUUUCUCUCGUGACCUCAUCUUGAACAGGGACGAAGGCAACUGUGUGGAGGGGAUUGUUGAAAUUUUCGACAUGCUCCUGGCGGCCACCUCCAGAUUCCGCGAGCUGAAGCUUCAAAGAGAAGAGUAUCUCUGUCUCAAAGCCAUGAUCCUUCUCAACUCAAACAUGUGCCUGAACUCUGCGGAGAACUCUGAGGAGCUGGAGAGCCGGGCCAAGGUGCUGCAGCUGCUGGACUCGCUGACAGACACUCUGGUCUGGGUUAUCGCCAAGAAGGGCCUGUCCUUCCAGCAGCAGUCCACGCGACUGGCCAACCUGCUCAUGCUGCUGUCGCACAUCCGCCACUUCAGUAACAAAGGUAUGGAGCACCUGUACAGCAUGAAACGGAAGAACGUCGUGCCCCUCUACGAUCUUCUCCUGGAGAUGCUGGAUGCCCAUAUCGUGCGCAGCUCCCAUGUGCCCAUGCCCGCCACCAUGCACCACAGCCCCUCGGAAAGCAUCUGCCCUCCCGUGGCCAGCAACCCCUGUGCACAGCCCCUCUCCCAGUCUGCGGAUGGGUCCAAGGAUACACCCGUGCUGUAAAUCGGAUUAAUCCUUGAGAAUGGACCUUGAGAGCAGCCUGUAUCAAAAACAGACUGAUCGCACUUAAGGUACAACUGUGAAACAGGACACUGCUAACAUGACAGUUGUGUUCAAAAAAGACUAAAUGCAGAACAAAGCUGCAGGUUUCUGAGGUAAAACGCAGCCUUUUACUUAUAAUCCAGACUGUUAUUUCAUAACAGCGAAGCUCUCAUAAUAACCCAGGGAAAAGGUUGAUUUAAGAUAAAGAGUUUACUUUGAGUUACGUAGAAAAUAUGUGACACAUUUUGUCGUCUGCAGGGGGAUUUUAGUACAAAGAAUUCAGAGAAUAUUGUGCCCUCCAGCAUAUUAAAUAGUGCCGGAAUCUUUUUGUACCUGUUCAAAUUAUUCAAGAAGAGAAAUUCAGACUUAUUUUUGAAUGCCUUAAUCCUCCUUCAUCCCUGUUAUUAACCGUAAAUAGGACAGGAGAACAUUGGUGUCUAGGGCAGAAAUACUGUAUGUCAGUAAAAUUAUACAGGGCUUCAUUUUUUCCACACCUUUAAACAUAGGUUUGAUGGAUUUUACGAUAGGUUCUGCACUUUCAGAGUAAUCCUAUCUCUCUCUCCUCUUUGAAAUGAUUCUACUGUGCAUCAGUAAAUCCAUGGAUUCUGUAAAGGAUGAGUUAAAUGCACAUACAAAGUAUCAAUGGUACUGUUUCAGAACAGAAUGAGUAAUCUGUUUCUUUAAGCUGAAACUUGGAAAAUGAGGUGCUUUCUGAUACUUGUGCAUUUAAAAUGUAUUUAUGAAUGUGUCUGAUCCCUGGUGAUUACUGGUCCCAUCUGCACUGCUUAGUAAUUUGAUGCCAGCCUAGAAGGUCAUUACAGAUGUUUUUCCCAUUCAGACAGCAGAAGACAUAAACAGGGAAGCUGGAAGUGUGGUGCUGAGUGCUUCUCAUGUACUGGUGUGGUGUAGAGGUUGGAUCACGCUGGGGUAUCGCAGCUGGAGUUCAGGAAGCAGAAGCAGCAGUACCAAAGUGAACCUCUGUGAGAGGCACUCGUGUGACAAAAUCAUUCCGGCUCUGUUUACUCAGUCGAGUUUCAGCACGCUGCAAGUGCCAUCGCUGAUCUCCUACCACCCAGUUGCACGUCUUGUCCUAUCUCUCUGUUUCUUUGGAACUGUAGUGCAAAUUACAUCAAUUUUAUGGAAAGGUUGAUCUCUGAUUGGCUACCCACCCAUCAGCUGACUCCCUAAGAAAUAUUUGCUUGUUUUUUGAGCGGUGAGAUCUUUGUUACCAUACUCCUUUCCUAAUGCCCCCUCACAUUAGGCUGGAGCCCCUUUUUUAAAAUAGCAUUUGGGACUUCAGUUUCCAACAUUUCACAGUACUUCCUGUCAAUUUCCCUAUUAACUCUGUUGUAUAUGAGAUAUUGCUACUGUACCUUGCUCCAAUGCACAACACCAGGGUGCAUCCACUCUCCCUAUUGGUCAUAUUAAGAAUCAGGAAGGUUUUCAGUGUUUCACAGCUGAGCGGCUUUCAGGGGAGCCUUUAUGCACUUCCUCAUUCUUGCUUCUUUGUUGUCAGCCGAAAAAAAGACACAACUGGCAAUCAGAAACCAAAUGCUAUGUCAGGUGGACAAGUUCAGGACUGCAGGCAGUUUUGGUCUGUGGAACCUGUGAAUAUUUCACGACGGAGUGUAAGAGCUUUUCUCUCAGAGACAGCUGCACGGCCUUCUGAAAAUGGCAAAUAUCCCCCCUAGGAACUUACUGUAGAUUCACUCAGUCCACGAAAGAGGAAAUAACACACCUACGCACUAACUUGCUCUUCACUUUCUCCUUUCUGAACGAUGUAGACGAUUAUUUGAUUCCCAGAAGACAUCGAGGUCUCUGGCCAAACACCUUGCUCAGCUUCUUAAGCUUUAUGGCUCUAACUGGUGUCACAGCACAGACCUCUGUCCCUAUAGUUAAAGAACCUCUUUGCUUCCCCCAGUGAGCUCUUUUCCUAUGUCAUUCCGAGGCACAGCAGAACUCCACCCAGUGCCUCUCAAUAUUCUGUUUGUUGAAGUUUUGGACUGUUAGAAAGAUAUAGUUUGGACAGCCUUUGAAAAACCGCAAGUUGUUACGGAAAAUAAUUAUGUACAUUAUUUUGCAUUAUACAGUUGUUUACAAAGAAACAGUACUAUUUAGCUACAUACUGUAUAUAAAAGGGAAAUUUGAAUGCAAAGGUAUGCAAAGGGUAUGCAUAGCUUUAACAGUGUUUAGUAUAACGUAUUUAUCUUUGCAAGUUAACAACAAACAAAAACAAAGACAGAUUGGUAAUGAGGAUUGUUUGUGCUUCUUGUGUAGUUGGAGUAAUGUACACUCCUAAUGUCACAGAUGGCAUUUGAUGUUCAAUCAUUUUUAAAACCACUCUGAAGCCAGAGGGGAUGAAAUAAAUGGUUUUGUAGAGAAAGAGAAAUAUCCUGAUGUCAGACAGCUCUUUAUUUCAUAAUUGGCAUGCAUGUGCUUUUAAAAAGAUGUCCAAGCCAGCAGUCCUCCCUACCCGUCCCCAUCUGUAGAUAAGAGAUCUGUGGGCCAUAGUUGUGCGGUUAGUUUAUUUCCAGUAAAUGACUCAUUUAUCCUAAAAUGCUUGUCAUGUCAAAAGUUUUGACAGAUGAGUGAAAAACUUCUAGUGGCUGACUUGUUUGUCCAGUAGGACACAGAGGCUUCUACAUUGGUGUGCUUAAUUGCUUAUAGACUGCUAGGCUGGAAAAACACAAUUAUUUUCUUCACAAAGUUAAUGUACUAUAUAGCAUUGAACCUCAAGGUUAAAACAUCAAAGUUUAUUUUAUUAUGUUGGAGGAGGGAAAGGAAACGCACAAUUGUGGUUGUUUUAUCCUGGAGUAAAGUAAUCCACAAUCUUAUCAGAAAAGACCUUUAAUGUUUUCAAAAUGAAAUUAGCAUGGAUUAAAAUACAAAAAAAAAACAUUUGUACAACUUUUUUAUGGAUGGAUUCCAUUAAUAUCAGAACAUUCCUAAAACAGGUGCAUAGUCCUUUAUACAGCAUGCUUUACAGAAGGACACAGCUUUCUUUUCCUUUUUAAAAGCAAAAAUGUUAUGAGUUCUAAAUUGUUGUUGUGUCGUGCCUCAUCCCUGUGAUAAUUGGCUGUAACGACAUCUGUAGGCUCUGUGCACGGCGAGCCAUGUCCUUGAUGAAGUGUAAAUUAUGGUCUGCUGUCAAAAAGGUGUAUAAAAUGUAUCUCAAAUGUUUUCAGCUGCUCUGUUGCAAUUAUCCCACUCAACAGUGAAAAUGAAAAGUGACUUAUUUAAAGCAUGCCAAAGGAUUGAACGAUUAUACCGUCUACUUACUUUCAAUUACUUUGUAAAUGUUUAGAUGUUCUUAUGCCAAUUGCUGCUCUUUCAAAGCAAAAAAAGUGUAUUUUAAACAGUCAAAACCAAAAAUUAGCUAUUUCCUGUGUUUGAUAGAUUGAAUGUGUUAAUCUUGCUGCAUGGCGCAGGGUGAUUACAUUUGUUCAUUUUGAACUUUAUAAAUUUGCCAGAAAUUUUUACAGAUAUAUUGUGGAGAUAUAAAUGCACAAUCAAAGAUUUUAUUUUGAAAUGCAAUGUAAAUGUAUUUUAACUGACCACAAAAUGAAAAAGCAUAAUUUGCAUUUUCAGUGUGCCUCUUGGAAUUAAUAGGCUCAAGUGCAUUACAGAGUAAAAAUGCUGAAACCAUUUCAAUUGUUUCAGGUAUGCUGUGAGUUCUGUCUCAUGUGCAUUUUACAAUCCCUUGACCAGGGGGUUGUGAAAAGCAGGGACUGGAAUGAAACAGCUUGGUAAUGAAGUUGAGAGAUUCCACUCUUCAACUAAAAAUCUGUAUAUUGGUGUUUAAAACAUGCAUUUAUACUUGUCAACAGCAAUUAUUUCCUAGAAUAUAAGGAAGAGGGAAUCAUCUCAGUUAAUUGUUCUGUACCCAGUAAUUAAAAAGCUCUCAAUUUCAUAAUUGGUUGCAGUCUACAGUCUAUGUUGCCUGGUUGAGGCUAUACUAUGCCAUUACCUGAUAGUCAUAACUCCCUAAGUCUUACUAAGUGGACAGGUUUUACCUUUGAAACACUAUUUUUACCUUUGCUUUAUUUGGAAGUUAAAAAGGACAUUAGAUUAUGAUCUAGAGUAAAAAGCUCUGACAGUCAUCCUCAGAGCAACAAACCAUAGGCUUUUAAAAAUUGCUUAGGUGAAUAUUGGAAAUGUAUACAUAAUAAAUAAAACUAAUUCCAAGGAGCAUAUUGAAAUUGUUAACCUUUUGAAAGAAAAAUGCCGCAACUAUAUUUUUGUGUACUUGAAGAGCAAACAGCUUACUCUUUAUGCAAAUCCUGACAAUGUUAUUGGCUCUGAUGUGUUUUGUUUACACUUUUGACUUUUAAUUUUUUUCCAGCACUGAUGUGUGUUUAACUAGAUGUACAGUAUGUGCACACACAGGUAAAUGUUGAGGAGUGAAAUAAAAAUUUUAAAAA